AUGGGAGAGACCUCAUUCGACAACUGGGUGUGGUUGCCCACCGAUUCUGGUAGCUUUGCCAAAGGGGAAAUUGUCAGACAGAAUAAAGAUCAUGGGGACUGUCAGGUCAGACUCGAGGACGGCUCAGAACAGACUAUCAAACUAGAGUCUUUGCAAAGGGUCAAUCCUCCUCGGUUCGACAAGUGCGACGAUAUGGCUGCUUUAACAUACCUUAACGAACCCUCUGUGGUGCACAACUUGAAGACAAGAUACUCCAACGAUCUGAUAUACACAUACUCGGGACUUUUCCUUGUUGCUAUUAAUCCCUACAAAUCUCUGAAUAUCUACAAUGACGAUUUCAUUCAGAUGUACCGAGGUUCAACGCUCCAGAAGAAGCAGGAAGAUUCUGCUUGGUCAGAGAGCUCGCAAAGAUAUACCCGGCCGGACGCUCUGAAGCCUCACAUAUUUGCGACUGCUGAAGAAGCAUUUCAGAAACUUCUGCAAGGCAAGAAGAACCAGAGUAUAUUGGUUACUGGUGAAAGUGGUGCUGGCAAGACUGAAAACACCAAGAAGGUCAUUCAAUACAUCACUUCGGUAGCCUCCUCCUCUGACGGAAAGAACAACUUUGAACAGCAAAUUAUUCAGGCAAAUCCAAUAUUGGAGUCCUUUGGAAAUGCGCAGACCGUUAAAAAUAAUAACUCCUCCAGGUUUGGCAAGUUCGUGAAAAUAUCUAUUGACCCUUCCACUAAGAGACUGGUGAGCGGUCAUAUAGAAUGGUAUUUGUUGGAGAAGUCCAGAGUAGUUUUGCAGAAUGAAAAAGAAAGAAACUACCAUAUUUUCUACCAGAUGCUGAAAGGACUUUCUGAUAAAGAAAUGGAAGAUCUUGGUCUCACGAGGUCGGUCAAAGAGUACGGCUAUCUCAAGAUUGCCAAUCACUCUGUUGUCGGAAUCGAUGACAGAGCUGAGUUCCAAGCUUUGGAAAAGGCACUCAAGAUAAUCGGAUUCUCCGCCUCUGAAAAGAAGAAUCUAUUUAAGGUAAUCGCAGCUAUUCUGUUGCUUGGAAAUGUCAGCUUCACCAAUCCAAAGAGUGACAAGCAAGCAAUGUUAUCUCAGAGUUCACCCAUUUCGCAGAUCGCAGAGCUGCUGGGUGUGAAAAGCGAGAAACUUAAGCAAUGCUUCUUGUCGCUCAAGGUAAAGGCAGGAAAGGAGAAGAUCACCCAGAAGAGAACCUCUCAACAGGCCAAGUUUGCCAUAGACGCUUUUGCCAAAAGCCUUUAUGAAAAGCUGUUCAAAUAUAUUGUGGACAAGGUCAACCAAAGCUUCACCAAUCACGGAUCUCCAUUUGAGGAAAGCAACUUCAUUGGCAUUUUGGAUAUAGCCGGGUUUGAAAUUUUCGAGAAGAAUUCCUUCGAGCAAUUGUGCAUCAAUCUGACGAACGAGAAACUGCAGUACUUCUUCAACCAUCACAUGUUCGUGCUGGAGCAAAGCGAGUAUAUCAAGGAGAAUAUCAGCUGGGAGUUCAUCGACUUUGGAAACGACUUGAAGCCCACAAUUGAGCUCAUUGAAGGCAGUGGGGCAAAGAAGCUGGGAAUCUUCCCCAUCCUGGACGAAGAAUGUGUCGUUCCAAAGGGAUCAGACAGUUCGUUUCUGGAAAAACUCCACGAUAACCUCGAGACAAAGGAUAAAAAGGCCGACAAAGAUAAGAUCAAGUAUCUUCCAAACAAGAUCCGCAACGGCUUCAUUAUCAAGCACUAUGCUGGUGAAGUUGACUACAACAUCAGUUCGUGGCUGCAGAAGAACAAGGAUCCUCUUAGUGAUGACAUCGUCAGCUUGAUGUCAGGCUCAUCCGACAUGUAUUUCCAAGACAUGUUCGAAGGUGAUGCUCAAUUGCUUGCGAACGAGACUGUGAGCAGAACCCCUGGCAAAAAGGGUGGAAUGUUCAGGACCGUUGCCCAGAAACACAAGGAACAGCUUAACAACUUGAUGAAAGAACUGGAAAGUACGGAACCUCACUUUGUUCGUUGUAUUCUUCCAAAUACCGAGAAAGUUCCUGGGAAAUUGAGCGACAAACUGGUUCUCGAUCAACUCCGUUGCAAUGGUGUUCUGGAAGGAAUCAGAAUCGCCAGAUCUGGAUACCCCAACAGAGUGACCUUUGAGGCGUUCUUCGACGAGUACGCAAUCCUGUCUAAAUCGAGGUUGACAAAGAAUGGCCAUCGUUCUGUGAAGCAGUUGUGUGAGCUUAUCCUCGCCGAGCUAGAGCUCAAAUCUGAUAGCUACAAAGUUGGUCUGACCAAAAUCUUCUUCCGCAACAGUGUUUUGGCUAACUUGGAGAAGCAGAGAAGUGCAAAGCUUUCUGCUAUCUUCUCCGGAUUGCAAGCCGUAGCCCGGGGAAAUAUCACAAGAAAGAGAGCUCAUGCCAGGCUGCAGAAGAUAAGGGCUGCGGACCUGAUUCUGGAGAGUUUGGGAACAUACCACGAGCUGAACAAGAGUGCAUGGUUCAAAUUGUUUGUACAGCUGAAACCAGUCAUUGGAAACACGAGUACUGAGGAUGUUCCACAGAAGGACAAGCUCAAGUUCGAGAAGCGCAUCAAGCUCUUAGAUGCCGAAAACAAGAAAAUUAAAAGUGAGCUUGAUGUAGCAAAUGAGAAGGUAAAGUCCUCCAAACAAGACCUAAGUGCAGACAAAGGAUUGCUUGACCAAAAAGAACACCAGCUUCAAGAUGCAAACAGCAAAAUCUUGAGUUUGAAGACUCUUCUGGAGAGAAACAUGAAGGAAGUCAAGUCCCUCAAGGAUCAAUUAGAGGCUAUCAACGACAAGUACUCAAAGGACCUUUCCAACAAAGAGAAGCUUGAGAAGAGCAUUGUGGAGCUCGAGGAGAAGCUCGAGGCUCACGAUGCCGAUGUCGGAAAACUCUCUGCUUUGCAGAAGAAAGUGAGUGAUCUAGAAGAAGAUUUGAAGAACAAGGAACGUGUCUUGAGCUCCACAGAAAGUAAAUUGGAAAGGGCGUGUGCCCGGGCCAAUUUGGCUGUGGGGAAACAAGAGUCAACAAAUGAGUUGCAGGAGAAGUUUGAAAGGCUAACCGCUCAACACAUUCAACUCAAGCAUGAAUCAAAGGAAGCAAAGACCUUGCUGGAAGCUAAGAUUGCUGAUGAGGUCAGGUUCGAGAGAGGAAGACAGAAGUACGAUGAAGACCUCAAGAAACUCCAGGGUAUCAUUCAAGGGCUGAAGACAGAGCUUGAGAUUGAGAGAUCUUCAAGUGCCAAGAUGUCAUUGUCAGUGAGAGAAAUAAAAGCUGAGAAUGAUCGUCUUUCCAAGGCAAAGAAGAGCUAUGAUGUGAAACUGGCAGAGACUAAGCUUCAAUUGAGCAAGGCCCAACCUUUGACACAUGAUCACGACCUCAACUCUCUGAGACAGGAGCUUCGUUUCACUCAAAACAAACUUGCUGCUGAGUCAUAUGAUAACCGUCAGCUGAGAGCAUGCUUGAAGAAUGCUGGAAUUGAGGCUAACCAAGUUUCCAUGAUUUCGAGCCCUAUGAAGUCGUCUGGAAAUGACGCUGCUGUGGAAAGAGAGAGAGCCGCAAACAAACGUCUAGAAAAGAUGAAUAUCGAGCUUCAAAAAGAGCUUGCUUCAACCAGGAAGAGUGCCUCUGCUAAUAUGAGGGGUAUGGACUUCAACGAGGCCAGUUCGUACAGAUCCCUCAAUCCUCUAUCUGAAAGCAGCAACCGUCUGAACACGCUUGACUCAGAUGCUAAGUCCGCUAAGGGCCUAGCAGAGGUGCAAAAUGCAAGACAGGAGAACUUGCGACUCAAUUCCAUGCUCAACGAGACUACUACCAAGCUCAAGCGCUUACAGCUAACUUGCGAUGCCACCUUUGUCCAGCAAGAACAACUGGCACAGUUGAAAACGAAGCUGGAUGUCACAGAUCUCAAGAACAAGGACUUGCUUGAGUCUUUGGAGUUGUACAAGUCAAGAGCUGAGAGCUACUACUCCAAGUUAGAAGCUGCAGAUGUCACCGUUCAGACGGCUAAGAGAGCCGAGGAGAUGGUCAAGAACGAGCUCAGAGAAACCAAGUUGAGACUCAAGGAUUGUCAAGAGGAGUUUAGAAACUCCGAUAUUUCGGUUGCAAAGCUUCAUUCGGCUAUGCGUGAGGUUGAAAGGGAACUCUCUGAUACUGUGUUCCAGCUAAAGAAGGUGCAAGAACAGUACGACUCGUUGAAGGAAAAGUGCGAGAAGGAGGAAGAGUUCAGAUCUUCGGUCAACUCUAACACAUCAACAGCACAGCAGAAGGAACUGGACAUGCUCAAUUCUGAGCUCUUAACCUACAUGAACAAGGAGACUGACCUCAGUAAGAGAAUUAGGAGUAUGUCAACGCAACUUGAUGCUUCCCAGAAAGAGAACAUGUCUUUGAAGGCGAAGAGCAGUCAGCUCACGCUUGAGAAGACAGCCCUUGAGAAGCUGUUGGUUCAGACCAAUGACAAGAACCACGAGCUCAAUACCGAGAAGCAAGAAGGAUUGAUCAGAAUCGAGGCCUUCUCUGCCAAGGUGAAGGCUCUUGAGGCUGCAAAUGAAGAUCUCGAAACGGAGAGAAACCAACUUCUUGAGUCGAAACGUGUACUGGAAAGAAAGGUCGAAGAGAUCUCCAAGGAGUUUGAUGCUCAUCUGGCCAAGGCCAAAGAGGAUGCCUCCAAUAGUACUGCUGUUACGAGACUAACUCAAUCAUUGUCAGAUGAGAGAAAGAACGUGGAAACUCUCAGAUACCAACUACAGUCGCUGGAGAGGUCUCUCAAAGAGAACCAGACGGCUUUGGCUUCGAUUAAUAAAGAGAACAUGUUGGUGGUGGAAGAAAACAAGGCCUUGACCAAGUUCAACCGUCAACUGAAAUCCAAGAUGGGUGAGAUGGAAACGAAAUUUGCCGCUGAGAAACAGUCUCAGACAUCUUAUUGGAACAACAGAGUGAUAGAGCUGGAGGACAAGAUCUUUGCUGCCAGUUCCAGUCAAAGAGAUGACGAUCAGAAACUCUACGAUCUCCAGAGAACCAUCAAGGAUGUGCAACACAGGCACGAGCUCCAGUCUCAGACCAUCCAGAGGCUCGAAAAUGAAAGGAAAUCUCUCGAGGAAACGAUCAAAAGAUUGGAUAACACAAUCGACACUUUGCAGCAACAGGAGUCUGAAGCUAAGCUGGCUGCAAGAAGGGCUGAAAGGGAGAAGGAAGAUUACAGAGAGCAAUCGCUCAUGCUAGAGAAAGAGUUACUGGACUGGAAGAGCAAGUCCGCAGCUGUAUACUGA